UCCCCACCCCCCACCACGCCGGCCCACCGCCCACGCCAUCCCACUCCGUCCCACCCCCCCCCCCCCCCCCCCAGUUUCCCCACUCGGUUGCAGUUGCCGCGAGCAGACACCACCGCAAAUUCUCGCCCCACUCCCAAUCUCCGAUUCGAGGGCGCCGGGGGAGGGGAUUCCGGGGCGCCGCGAUCGCGAUCGGACCCGUCCGCGGCUGGAAUCGUCGAGGAGCCUAGAGGGAUCGAAUUGGGGCGGAGUGGGGGGAGCGAGAGAUCGAGAGAGGCGGCGAUGGGGCGGCUGUUCCUGACGCACCUGGACGGCAACGUCUACAGCUGCAAGCACUGCAAGACCCACCUCGGCCUUGCCAGCGACAUCAUCUCCAAGGCCUUCCACUGCAAGAACGGGAAGGCCUACCUCUUCCAUAAGGUUGUCAAUGUGACUCCUGGAGUAAAAGAAGAUCGCAUGAUGAUGACAGGAAUGCAUACUGUUUCUGAUAUCUUCUGUGUUGGCUGUGGAUCCAUUGUUGGAUGGAAAUAUGAAGCCGCACAUGAGAAGAGCCAGAGGUACAAGGAAGGAAAGUAUAUUCUGGAGAGGUUCAAGGUGGCAGGCCCAGACGGAAGCCAGUACUGGAUUGCACAUGAUCCUCAUUUGGCCGGAAGUGAUGCCGACGAUAUAUGAAGAGGGAUUGGGCAAGCUCAAGCAUGUUUGGUCAUCCCCUGUAAAUAACCUGGGUGGUGUUGGUCUUUAGCCAGCCGGGGAUUGCUCCCAUUGAAAGAAUCCCCGGCGUAAAUGUUGUUGUAGGUGACCUGGUCAUAUCCCUCCCUAUUUCCCUGGAACUUAGUUGGAUGUUUCCGUCUGUAUAUGCUUGUAAUCUCUGUUGCUUAAUGGCCCAAUAAAAAUCCGAUUAUCAA